UCCUUGCUGAACAAAGCUUUUUUGAAUAUUCUGACAAAUGGCGCCAAUUACACGACAAGCGAUUGAAUCACGGCAGCUCAAAAUUUUCAUUAUUCGAACAAAUUGUCGAAAAGUCAUUCACAACACUGACGACACUGAUACUUUUGACAACUAUUUCUCUUUCGCCAUUUAAUAAUAUCCGAUUAAAUAUGGCUGAUGCUACACCAGCACCCAAACCGGCACCCAAGGCCAAACCAGCCAAAGCUGAAAAAGCUGAGAAACCCGCAGCUGCUCCAGUAGCUAAACAAUCCAAACGACCACCAGCACGAGGACGUCUAUACGCCAAAGCUGUUUUCACUGGAUACAAACGUGGAUUGAGAAACCAACACGAAAACCAGACCAUUUUGAAGAUUGAGGGUUGUCGCAAAAAGGAACACGGCAAUUUUUAUGUUGGCAAACGAUGUGUUUACGUAUACAAAGCGAAGACACGACAAGCUGUCCCCAAGAAACCAUUCAUCAAGUCGAGAGUGCGUGCCAUUUGGGGCAAAGUAACGCGACUACAUGGAAACACUGGCUGUGUCCGUGCUCGUUUCCGAACGAAUCUGCCUGGUCACGCAAUGGGACAACGUAUUAGAAUUAUGUUGUAUCCAUCCAGAAUUUAAGUUUGAAAAAAUCUUAUUUCCCGAAAAACAAUAAAUUUUUUCAAAACACAAAA